UUCCAACGUCGUUGCCAAGCUACUAUGCAACAAAAGAAAGUAAACAAUAAUUAAAUGCAAUACCAAAGUUAAAAAAUCAUCAGAACCACUUUCAGAUCUUUUAAAAGAGCCCAACAAUUUUCUAAAGUAUUCCAUAAGUCUAGUAGCAAUGCGUGGAGUACUUAAAUGGGUUCAGAAAAUUGAAUUUCCAAACACCAAAGAAGACCAAGUCAGUGUGCAUUCCUUAUGCUAUCACCCUGAGGGAAAGCAACUAGUGGUGGCGGCCGGUGAUCGGGUGCUUAUAUAUGACCCAGAUGGAACUUUACUAAAUACUCUUAAGGCUCACAAAGAUGUAGUUAAUUGUGUGGCCUAUGCUCGCGAUGGCAAAAAGUUUGCAAGUGGUGCUGUAGACAAAACAGUUAUCGUGUGGACACCUCAGUUGGAGGGAUUGCUAAAAUAUUCACAUAACGACUCAGUGCAAUGUAUGUCCUUCAAUCCGGUUUCACAUCAAUUGGCUUCUUGUUCACACAGUGACUUUGCUUUCUGGUCUGCUGACCAGAAAGCCGUGCAAAAGUACAAAAUUUCCACACGAGUCAAUUCAUGUACCUGGACCAAUGAUGGCCAGUACUUGAUACUUGGAUUAGCCAAUGGCAGUAUUUCCAUUAGAAGCAAACUUGGUGAGGAAAAAGGCCGUUUCGAUCGUCCAGGUGGUUCAAGCAGCAACGUCUUUAGCCUACAGUGCUGUCCAAUGACUAGUACUGAUGUAAUUGGAGUAGCUGAUUGGGGCCAAACACUUUCAUUUCAUACAUUAAGCGGUCAGAUGAUUGGCAAAGAGCGAGCGCUGGGUUUUGAUCCGCUAUGCUUAACCUUUUUCCCCAAUGGAGAAUAUUGCGUAGUGAGUGGAUGUUCGGACUCAUUACACUUUUUUACAAAGGAAGGCGUACGUUUGGGCACACUUGGCGAAGGUUUUAAAUCCUGGAUUUGGUCGGUUGCUAUUCAUCCCAACAGUCAAUCUUAUACGAUUGGCUGUCAGAAUGGCACACUCGCUUGCUUUAACAUCGUUUCAAGUACGGUUCAUGCGCUGUAUCGUGAACGCUAUGCAUUUCGUGAAAAUAUGUGCGAUGUCAUAAUACAACAUUUAAUUUCUGGCCAGAAAGUGCGCAUAAAAUGCCGCGAUUUAGUGCAAAAAAUUGCUAUCUAUAGAAAUCGAUUAGCAGUGCAACUACCUGAGCGUGUGGUUCUGUACGAAUUAAGUUCUGGUGAAGAACAGCCGAUGCAUUACAAAGUAAAAGAAAAGAUUCAGAAGAAAUUCGAUUGCAGUCUAUUGGUAGUAUGUGCACGUCACAUAGUCCUAUGCCAGGAGAAACGUCUGCAGAGCUUGGACUUUAACGGCAUAUUACAACGAGACUGGAUAAUGGACUCUUUCAUACGCUAUAUUAAGGUGACGGGUGGCCCAUCAGGCCGAGAAGGUCUUCUUGUUGGCCUAAAGAGCGGGCAGGUUUUUCGUAUAUUUUUGGACAACUCACUUCCACUUUUAAUUACCAGUGUCGUAUCAGCAGUACGCUGUCUAGAUAUCAAUGCGAACCGCACUAAGAUUGCUGUAGUGGAUGAUACUGGACGCCUAGUUGUUCGAGAUAUUGUUAGUGACACUCUACUUUAUCAGGACACUGGCGUGAACUCUGUAACCUGGGAUACACACCUGGACUCAAUGCUUUGCUACACGCACACUGUAGGUGGACUCAGCAUUCGCGUUGGCAGUCUGCCCCCACGCGGCCCCCAGAAUAUGUUAGGCGUAGUAGUGGGUCUAUGUGGGGCCACGGCUUUUUGUCUGCGUGGCAACGUUAUGCAUAAUAUACCACUAGCACUUGGCGCAACCAUGUGGCAAUUCGUUGAAGCGGGACUCUUCGAAGAGGCCUACCAAGUUGCCUGCUUAGGUGUGACCACAACCGAUUGGGAAGGCCUUGCACAAUCUGCUCUGGAAGCUUUGCAUCUACAUAUAGCGCGUGAUGCAUACGUAAAGGUGCGCAAUCUCUCUUGGCUGCAGUUAAUCGAUGAAUUAACUGAUAAACAGAAACGUGGAGAAGUGUCAAAAGAGGUGCUACAAGGGGAGAGCUGUGCAUAUGCUGGAAAAUACAAGGAGGCUGCACGUCUUUAUCAAAAGUGCAAUCAGCCCAUGCGUGCAUUGGAAAUGUAUACUGAUUUGCGCAUGUUCGAUCUCGCACAAGAAUUCAUCAAAGAUGGCUCGGAUGAAGCGAAACGUGAUUUAGUGAAAAAAAGGGCAGAAUGGGCAUACUCCGUCAAGGAGCCACGAGCAGCCGCAGAAUUAUUAUUAUCAGCUGGGGAGCAUCAACGAGCUAUAGACAUUGUAGCGGAACAGGGUUGGGCAGAUAUUUUAUAUGACAUUGGACGCCGAUUAAGUUUGAGUGAGAAAAUCUCACUGGAAUCGGUUGCAUUCAAUUUAAAGCGGUUGAAAGCUUUACCAUUAGCAGCUGAAAUCUUUAAGAAGCUCGGCGAUGAAGCACAAGUGAUACAAUUACACGUUGAAGCACGCGAUUGGGCCGAAGCUUUCAGACUUGCAGAAAAUAUGCCAGAAAUGUUGCCCACUGUCAAUUACCAGCAUGCCCAAUGGCUUGCUGAAUCCGACCAAUUUAUUGAGGCACACGAAGCUUACUUGAAAGCGGGGCGCAUGAAAGACGCAAAUCGUUUGCUGAAGCAGCUCAGCACAUCGGCCAUUGUAGAGGAGCGUUUCCUAGAUGCCAGUUACUUCUAUUGGCUACUUUCAAAACAAUAUUUAGACAUUUACUACAAGAAAGAUGAGCAAAAUCCUGUUGACCACCAUUAUAAAGAGUAUCAAAGCCACUUACGAAUUGCUAAAGUAUAUUAUGCUUACAGUGUAAUAUUUAACUAUAUGAAAGAACCAUUUACGACAUAUUCACCAGUUAGUCUAUUUAACGUAAGCCGUUUCAUAUUGAACGAAGUCGAGUACAAAGGAACACCAAAGGGGGUGAGCUUAUUCGCGGUUUUGUUCACACUAGCUAAACAGGCUAAACUACUGCAGGCUAAUAAAUUAUGCUUGGUUGUGAAUAAGCGUUUGCAAUCACUAAAACCGCCCCCCGGUGUCCAGGAACAAAUUGAUAUAAAUUACCUGAAUAGUAAGGCAUGCAAGAGUGGAUUUAAUGAUCCCGAAGAGCUGUUGCCGCUCUGUUACAAAUGCUCAAAUUAUAGCCAACAUUUGAAUGGCAACAUUUGCCCAACCUGUAAACAAGAUUAUAUAUUUUCAUUCAUCUCUUUUGAAAUUUUGCCUUUAGUACAAUUUUACCCUGAAGUAGAUAUUACUGAUGCAGAGGCAGAACGAUUGCUACUCGCGCCGCCGAAACCUGCCGAGGAGGGUGAUCCUUUUAAUGAGGAUGUUGCCAGCGCCUUACCCCUAAGCCUUGAUCGGAAUGCAUUGCGAGCAAUUGACCCAGGACACAUUUUAAUUGUCAAGCGACGUGAAAACAAUUUAAAAAAUAUAUAUUACCGCAACAUUUUACCGGAUCUACAAGUUACUUUUUGUCCGGAAUGUUUGUUGGUAUUUUAUUCUGAAGACUUUGAACUGCAAGUACUACAGAAAGGUCAUUGUCCCUUUUGCCGUACAUCGUCGGAAAAACUAUUUGAUGAAUAUCUGUAAUUGUAAAAUAGGAUGCGAUACAAAGUUCCGUUUUUUAUGGAGAUAAUUCAUAAACAAGCAACAUUAUAAAUCAAGCUCGUUAGCAAGAUUCCUUCCUUAAGGCCAUAAAUAUAAAAAAUAGACAAACCGGAUAUUAGCAAUGUCUUGCAAAAACAAGUGGAAAGAAAAGAAAAAUCGUGUCGAGUCUAGAAUACCAACUGUUUAGGUAUAAGAAAACUCGAUAAUUGUCGUUCGAUAGAACGUUUUUAUACUGAUCUUAAUCGUUUUUAACUUUUUGGGCGGAAGUCCGAGACAAUUGUGAAAUCAAAAGGUCAAAUGAGAUCAAGUAUCUCGAAAACUCACAGGCCGUUCAAAUCUAAACAUGAAGUAAAAAUCCCAUUUUUUGUACAAAAAGAGAGUUUUCUUAUAAGACACUUAUAAUAGUGGGCAAACAAAAUUCAAUUUCCUCUCAUUUGAUAUACUAUUUGUCUAUGCCAGGGGCCCUAUUUUUCCGUAAUAAGUACAUAUCCUCCGUCCGACAAGAGACUUGCAACUAAUGCAACUAAUGAAGCAUUUAUGUAGAUCAUUAGUUUUUGAUGGACCAUUUUUGCAAUAGAAUACUUUUAGUACAAAAUUGAUUUUCUUCUCUCGUUUUCUAAAUUUGUAGUAACAGAUUUAGGACAGUUUUCAACAAAUAUUACUAAACGAGAUUACUUAAAUGUAGGUAAGUAUUAUUUUAAGCCACUCAAAGUGCACUUAGGCCUUGUGUUGUUAUAAAAAUAAGUUAAGGCUCAAAAUUUCAUAUACCGCUAUGAAUAUCAAAUAAUUAUACAACUAUAUACUAGCUUUUAAGCUUUCAUGCAUUUCUUAGUCGCUUUAUGUACAAUAGCACCAAAAAUAAUUUAUUUA